AUGCCAGUGGCAGAAAGAGUGGCAGCGUCUGAUCAGCUGUGGCAGCGCCUGAUCAGCUGUGGCAGCUGCUGGUGCCACAAAAGGAGCGUGCCUUCUCUCAUCCAACACAUACUCAGUAUAGAGCAGACAAGGGGGGACAGCACACAGGACACUGCAGGAUUGGUAUUGUUCUACUGUGACGAGACCACCUUCCUGCUCCAGAGACCCACCAGCCCAGCCAAGUCAAGCGCUCAAUAA